AUGUUCAUUGAACAUCCGGAUAAUACCAGAAAAUGGGGAAUAACGGGAAUUCUUAAAGGGAUACUUUACCCAAAAAGAGUAGCGAGUGUUGUACAAAAAUAUAUCCGUAUUCCACCUGAAAUGUCGCCAGAACCAACAAGUGUCGCCGCCAUUUCUCCCACUAGCAAUGUUUUCCCUCAUAACUUAUUCCCUAAGGAAUACAACACAUCAAACUAUAAUAAAUCAAUUCAAACCGUUGAUACGAGAGCGCAUGCUUUUUUAGCAUCACUCAACAAUAUUCCAUCAUCUGCAUCAGAAGUACGAGAUAAUCAAGAUGCCCAUCGCAUACAACGACAACAUCAGAUUUUAAAUGGAUCUCAUACUAUGAGCACUACACAAUCCCAUCCCUGUCAACAAUCCUCUUCAUCUAUAGAUGGCAAUCAUGAAAGAUUGACUGACCGUAGUUCACAUGAGACAAAACGAAAUGGUUCCUUGGAUUUAUUGGUUGCAGCUGCUGUCGCUGUAAAUUUGAGAGAUUCAGAUUAUUCAAAUACAGGGACUGCGAGCAAGUCAAGUCCUCCGGCGUCAGAAGUUGAUAUUAAACUUGAACAAAAACGACUAGAGCACGAGCGCCAACGAAACGAACAACGUAAAAGAUUUGAAGCACAGAUGAAAAUUCUUGAGCUUCAACAACUUAAAGAAGAGCAAGAUUUGCUCGAAAAACAUCAUGCGGGAGGUUGCUCAUCUGUCCAAAGUGCUAGCGCACCAAAUACUCCACCUUCUUUGACAUCAAAUGACUCUCAUUCACGAUCCGAUACUAUGUCUAAAAUCCAGUCUUCAAUGGAUACAAGCAUGUCUCAUCCUAACCAAUUUAACUCAGCCCAUUCCGAAUCGCCUCAUAAUAUUCAACAGAGAUCAAAUAUAUCAUCUCGUUCUGUUCCAAAUUCGCGUCGUAAUUCAAAUGAAACCCCAGAAAAACUAUCAUGGCCUGACAUAGGGAAAUUAAAUAUUGAUUCAAAAGACGAUAAUUCUGAGAACGUUGAAAAAGAUUUCAUACGAGCAUCUAUUGGAAAAAAUACUUCGAACUUGCAUAAAAAUUCGGUUCGUUUGUCUGAUGCUACAUCAGUUAACGCACCAAAUAAUGAUGCAUCACUUUUCCCUCAAUUUAAUGGAAAUUUUUUACUCGAUGAUGAUGGUGAAACUUCUGAGACAGGUUUGAAUGCAAAUCCGUCAUUAGCAUCAUCAUCAUACGUUCGUAGGUACCUUCAAAUGCACACCGAUGAUGACAAAUUUCCGAUAUUGGUUCGUCGCGAUAGUUAUCCUGGCAUGUUGUCCGCGUCUUCUGCUGCACUCGAUCUUGCUCCUUUACGUCAAACAUCUUCGCGUCAUCGAGGAUUAGAUCCUAUGUUAAAUGUAGAUUGGGCAUAUGCAUAUCAACAUCAAACUGACGAAUUAUUAGAAAAUCGUCCGACAUCACGUGCUCAGCUAGACAAGUUAACUCCUUUAUUCUCAGAAAAUCAAGCCUCUAGUAAAUCUACAGUAGCCGCUUCCACUACUACUAGUGCUGCUUCAAAUAAUGGUUGUUCGAAUGGAUUUUCUUAUGUAAACGAUAGAAAAAAAAUGGACAAUAUUGUGACUGAAAGUUCAUCAACUAAACCAAGGAUACCAAAACUUUCGACUUCUUAUUCAACUCCUGAUUUAGCUAGUGCAACUCGCUUGUUCGGUCGUCGAUCGACAACUUUGAAUGGUCAAUCAGCGAGAGAUUUAUUUAUGGAUUCAGAUAAUCAAAUAUCUCAAAAUAUUCAAUUGCAAAAUAAUAAUGAUCUUGCCGGUAGUGGUAUUUGUCGUUUUUUUCAACAAGGCUUUUGUUCAUGGGGUGAUCGAUGUCAAUACGCACAUACACAUACAUUUAACGGAAUAACACCGGUAAACAUGGGUCUCGCUGCUCAAAUGGGUGCAUUUCCAGGCGUCAUACCACAAAUGAAUAAUGCUACUGCUUUCUAUGGACAAUAUGGUGUGACUGGUAUGGGAGGAAUUAAUAUGAUACCAGGAUCAAAUGGUUUUGGUUAUAAUCAGAACUUUGCUUUAAAUGCUGCACUCAAUAAUAAUGUUAAUGGUAUGAGAUCCAUGAUGCAUGUUAACAAUUUGACAUUCUCUAAAAUGAAUCAAAAACGGUUAAGUGGUGAUCUCGAAGUCAACAGGUUUACCGGAGUUCUACUGGAAGAUCUGGUCGGCGAGAUAUAUUCACUUUGUAAAGAUCAACACGGUUGUCGGUAUCUUCAAAAAAAACUUGAAGAAAAGAAUGAGCAAUACAUUAGUAUGAUUUUCAAUGAAGUUUUUAGUCACUUUGUUGAACUAAUGACAGAUCCUUUUGGAAACUAUCUUUGCCAAAAGCUUCUUGAGUAUUGUAAUGAUGAUCAACGUACAAUAAUUAUUGAGACGGUGGCACCAGAAUUAGUGAACAUUUCUCUAAACAUGCACGGUACGCGUGCUGUCCAAAAAAUGAUUGAAUUUCUAUCAACUCCAACACAGAUUCGUAUUGUUAUUGUAGCUUUGAAUCCUAAUGUUGUACCACUGAUCAAGGACUUGAACGGAAAUCAUGUAAUUCAAAAAUGUUUACACCGCUUGAGUCAUGAAGAAAAUCAAUUCAUUUAUAAUGCAGUAAGCAAAAACUGUAUUGAAGUUGCUACGCAUCGCCACGGUUGCUGUGUACUUCAACGAUGUAUUGAUCGUGCUAGUGAAUCUCAAAAAAUUCAACUUGUUACUGAGAUUACAUUUCAUGCACUCACCUUAGUACAAGAUCCUUUUGGUAAUUACGUCGUUCAAUAUGUCUUAGAUCUUGGCGAUAGUCGAUUUACAGAUGCUCUGAUUCGUAAAUUCAUCGGUAAUGUGUGCCUCUUAUCAGUACAGAAGUUUAGCUCCAACGUUAUGGAAAAGUGUAUUAGAGUUGCAGAACCGGAGACACGAAAAUGUUUGAUCGAUGAAAUGCUUAAUAAAAACAGACUUGAUAAGUUAUUACGGGAUUCUUACGCAAAUUAUGUUGUACAAACUUCUCUCGACUAUGCCGAUCCGAUACAACGUGCUCAAUUGGUAGAAUGCAUUCGACCCCUUUUACCAGCUAUUCGCAACACACCAUAUGGUAAACGAAUUCAGGGUAAACUUCACCGUGAACAGAUGCAAGCCUUAAACACAAUUAACAGUCUCAAUAUGAACAAUAUGAACAUGCUCAGAUUCCCAUUUAAUGGAUUGGGCAAUUUUGGAAAUAUGGGUAUGAUUGGUAUCGGAGAUUAUACACACAGUUACCAUUAUUUGUAA